UUUAUAUAUGACAAUCUCAUAAUAAAAUAAUUAAUUAUAAAAAUUGAGUAAAAAUCAUACAUUUUUACAGUAAAAAUCAUAUAUUUUUACAACAAAAAUGGUUAGAUUUCUUCCAUUUUUAUAUUAUUGUUUCUUGGCUAUUACAAUAGCCCUUUCGUUAAGCUGCCAAGCCGCCAACGACGAAUGGGUGACAGAUGCCCAUGCUACAUUUUAUGGUGAUAUGAAAGGAGGCGAGACUAUGUAUGGUGCUUGUGGGUAUAAAGAUCUAUACACACAAGGUUACGGCCUUGAAACAGCAGCAUUAAGCACAGCUUUAUUCAACAAUGGGUCAGCAUGUGGAUCAUGUUAUGAGAUACAAUGCGUGAACUCCAAAUGGUGCAAAGCCAACAAAAAUACUAUUAAGAUCACUGCCACAAACUUUUGCCCCCCUAAUUACACAAAAACAGUUGAUAUUUGGUGUAAUCCUCCUCAAAAACACUUUGAUUUAUCACUUAAAAUGUUCUUAACAAUCGCGGAAUACAAAGCUGGAAUUGUUCCUGUACGAUUUCGCCGAGUUCCUUGUGUUAGGAAGGGUGGCUUGAAAUUCCUACUACAAGGGAAUCAAGGUUGGUACCUUGUACUAGUGUUUAAUGUUGGAGGUGUUGGAAAUGUUGUUGAUGUUAAGAUUAAGCCCUCUAAUUCCAAGAAUUGGAUGCAAAUGACACGUAAUUGGGGGCAAAAUUGGCAAUUCACACAAAAUUUAAUAGGGAAAAGUUUGUCGUUCCAAGUGACUACUAGUGACGGUAAAAUGGUGCAAUCCGAUAACGUCGUACCGGCUAAUUGGCAAUUUGGCCAAACAUUUGAAGGCAGCAAAAACUUCUAAUUAGCAUAAUUACGUAUGAAUUAUUUUUCUUAAUUAAAUUAAUAUUUGGCGUACGAGUUUAAUUGAAUGCCAUAAUAUAUUGUACAGAGUAAAAGAGAUCGAAAAGUUCGAUCAUUUUUCAAUUAUAUUAAAAAAGGUAGAUUUUUUUGUUGAAAAAUAUAGUAUAUAUGCAAAUUCUUUGA